AUGAUUGUUUACAAUAUAUUGACAUGCGCUCUCACUGAAUUGAUUGUACCAUCAGUUUGCGAAUCACCACAUAUUCAGGCGAUCUAUAUUUAUAAUACUGAUAACUCGAAUCGACAAUGUGCUUUGAUAAAGCCAUUAGCAUCAAAAAUAAUUGGCAUAUAUGAUAAUAUGAAUCGAUUGGUUAAAAGAUUAUUUAAUGAGAACCUUUUCACAUCAUUACCUAUCAGUAUUAUUAAUCCUUCGGUAAUCAAAGAAAUGUCUAUUCGAGAUUUAACAAAUGACCAAGCUACAUUUAUGUGGUUUCAAUUAUUAUUUGAAAUUCUCUUACAAAUACCGCAAACAAUUGACUCAAAAAAUGAAAUGAUGCAUGAAUGUUUGCUCAAUUAUGAAAAUGAUCAGAUUGAAAAAAAUAAAAUUCUUGAAUUUCAACAAAUAUAUUCAUCUGAUACUUGCAUUCGUUGGUACACACGUGAUACUUUUUUGUAUCGUCUGGUGAAUAGAGCACUACGUACACAAAAUAUCAAUGAUAUAUUUAAAUAUCGUUUUUAUAUUAAAGAUCUUUAUCAACAACUAGAAAAUCUUUCAGCAAUAAAAAAACGAAAGUAA